CGCUCUGAGCACUCACCCACACCCACACCCACGCACACACAGAAGCGAGACAGCGCUAGCACCGGGAUAGCUGACUGCGCUUCAUUCCCCGUGGGCUGCGCAACUGUACAAGCACGCCUGCUUCCAGACCCCUCGGAAACAAAGGAGCUCUUCCCUUGUCUUCAACUCGCCGUCUCCGUCCAGCACUCCGGGCGUCCCCGCUCACGGAUCUUUCAUGCACACUGCAGUAUAGUACUUCGCUACUAUCAUUAGAGUGAAGGAUUUUAUUUUUCAGAAUGGGUGUAUCCAGUUGAGCGGAGACUGUUCCCCGCUAACCCUGCUAGAGACCCCGCGCACUUCGGUCCGGAGCGCAGGGUAUGCCGUGUAUUCGUUGCAGUGGGCUCACGGAGGUAAAGAUGUCUGACCUCACGCUGACCUCUCUGUAGAAGCCAGGAUGUCCGUCGCUGAAUCUAUGCCCCUCCCCCAGCCACACCCCCGUGAGAGGCGGUCCCGCCCCACAGUCAAACCAAAACCCGCCGUCCCGAGCAAACAGAGCCUCUCCAGCUCCCCUGAGAACGGACCGAGAGAGCCAGCCCUGCCCCUCCUCCCGAACGAGACACGGCGCCCCCUAGCAGUUGCGGGGAGAGCGGAGGAGAGAGAGAGCGGCGGGAAGGUGCAGAGGAUUCUGAAUCAGUUCAGACAGCAGGAGAAGGAGAACGUCGUGAAGGACGCUGAGAAAUGCCCCCCUCCCGUUUCCGCCAAGCCCCCCAAACCGCUCAGGGGGGCCCCCGCCAAGCAGACUGAGCUGGAAAAGCCCCCCCUCCCUCCCAAAGAAAGGAGACAAGAGCAGGGGGAGCGUGAGGCAUCACCGGGCAGAGAGGGGGACGACAAACCAGUCCCAGAUGGGCAGGAGGCAGAAUCCAAACUCCAGUCAAACAGCAGCAGCGUGGAGGCAGGCAGAUCUCUGUCUCCCCCCGGUGGCUGCAGGAGGGACUGCUCUUGUCUGUGUCACCAGAAGCGGGCUGGAAUGAUUCUCGUGUGGGUGCCAGUGGGAGAGUCUCAGGGAGAGGAGGAAGACAGGGACACAGACUCCUUCUCAGAGGAGGGGACCCAGCUGGUCCAGGACAGCCCAGCUGAGGGUCAGUCCAGCUCCAGCUCCCAGAGUUCCCAGUCCUCUUUGGGAAUACCUGAAAGCUUUCCGACGUAUUCUGGAACAGUCCGGAUGACUUGCAGAGCGCCCAGCCUUGACACAUUGAAAACAGAGACCCCCGACUCCCCCUCCGAGGAGGAAUCCAUCUACGAGUCAACCAUCGAAACCUAUAGGCCUGAGGUCGCCCCAGAAACGGUUAGGCCCGUCGCCAAGGAAAUGGUGGCCAGGGUUCCGAAGCCUCCCAGGAAGGGCAGGCAGUUCCCCCAGGCUUUCUCGUCGACGGAGAGAGAGGAGGAGGAGGAGCCGCCCCCUGCACUCCCCCCCAGACUGCCUCGCAAGCCCCCCCGGCCAGCCUCGGCGCCACAUGGUGGCCAGGGAGCGGUACUGCAGACGGAGGGGCGGCAAUCUAUCAAUCUCACCCCGGGCAGCCCCGCUGUGAUCAGACGGCCCUGCUCCCUGAGUCCAGAGGAAGGGGUCCUGUCUUCAUUGUCCCGGGACACCUCUAAAGAUGAGGGAGAUGAGAUCGGCAGUGACUGGGAUGAACUGGGUGAUAUAAAGGACAUCAGUGAGCCGAUUCUAUCUCGUCGAGUGUCGAUAGACUGGGAGGCCAAACUGCAGGAUGAGCCGCUGUACCAGACCUACCGGGAGUCGGUCAUUUCCAAGGAGAUCAGGCGGCAGUCUGUGUCCCGCAACCUCAGCAAGACCAGCUGGGACUACAGCAGCGAGCCCUGGAGCCAGGGGCCACCUCGGGGCCAGGUCCGGACGGGGCCCCCUCAGAGCUCCCUGUGGCAGGAGCUGCAGUCCGUGCGGGAGAGCGGGGUGCUGGAGGAGCUGACCCUCGCAGAGUGCAAAUUCCAGGAGAGCAUGUUCGAGGUCCUGACGUCCGAAGCCUCGUACCUGCGCUCUCUCAACGUGCUGACAGAUCACUUCCUGGACUCGCGGGAUCUCAGCGACACCAUCAUCAUCCGCGAGAGGAAGAUCCUCUUUUCCAACAUCACCCGGGUCAAGGAGGUCAGCGAGAGGUUCCUGAAGAAUCUGGAGGAGAGGGUGGAGGAGAGCCUUGUGAUCUCGGAUAUCUGCGAUAUUAUCCAUUACCACGCCCAGCACCACUUCCCGGUGUACAUCGACUACGUGAGGAACCAGAUCUACCAGGAGAAGACCUACAGCGCCCUCAUGGAGACGAAUGUGCAGUUUGCCUCAGUGAUCACUCGUCUGCAGGAGUCCCCACAGUGCCAGCGGCUGCCCUUCAUGUCCUUCCUGCUGCUUCCCUUCCAGAGAAUCACCCGCAUCAGGAUGCUGGUGGAGAAUAUCUUGAAGAGGACAGAGGAGGGAUCUAGCAAAGAGCAGACUGCUUCCAAAGCCCUGGUCUCUGUGUCCAAGAUCAUCGCGGAGUGCAACAGCGAGGUGGGGAAGAUGAAACAGGUGGAGGAGCUGAUCCACAUCGCCAAGAGAGUGGAGUUCGACAAGCUGAAAGCCCUGCCUCUCAUCUCUCAGACCCGGUACCUGGAGAAGCGAGGGGAGCUGUCGGAGGUGGUGAGGGGGGGCACCCUGUUCAGCUCCAGGCCCAGGUUCAGCCCGGUCUACCUCUUCCUCUUCAAUGACCUGCUUCUCAUCACCAACAAGAAGAGUGGUGAUCGCUAUGUUGUGGUUGAUCAUGCCCAUCGAUCUCUGGUUCAGGUUCAGUCCAAUAAGGAGGCGUCUCUGGGUCCCGGGCUGGAUCACUGCUUCUAUUUGACCCUACUGGAGAACCACCAGGGCAAGAUGAUGGAGCGUCUUCUCAAAGCACCGAACCAGUCAGAUAUGCAUCGCUGGAUGGCAGCGUUCCCUAAUCCUGGUGAUCCAGAGAAAUGCAAUGAUGAGACUGUUUAUGAGGAUUGGGACUGUCCACAGGUGCAGUGUAUCGAGGCAUACUCAGCCCAGCAGGCUGACGAGUUGAGUCUGGAGCGCACCGAUGUCGUCAAUGUGCUGAGGAAAACGACAGAAGGUUGGUGUGAAGGGAUUCGCCUGACUGAUGGUCAGAGGGGCUGGUUCCCGGGCAGCAAUGUCCAGGAGAUCACCAACGAGCACGUGCGCCGGCGGAACCUCCGCGAGCGCUACCGGGUCAUCCAGGCGGCCGAGCAGCUGACCAAGAGCAGGACCACCUCCUAGCGGACAGAGCCGGGCACUGCGCCAAUGCACCCAGCCCCUCCCUGCGCAUUCUACAGGGCAGCACACACAUAUACUGUAACGAGUAACGGCUCCCUGCUGCAAUCCACUUGCCAGCUCUUUCUUAAAGGACUGGAACAGGAAGUUGACGCAGCAGGCUCUCAGUUGGCAGAUGCUUCCGUAAUGUUUCAAAAAGUCACACGGCCAUGCCUUUACCAGGGGAGACCCUCAUGGGACCCCUGCGCUUCCCUGAGUGUGUGACUCCCCCCGGCACACCACACGGCCGUGCUUUUACCAGGGGAGAAAAUUGGUGUGUUUUUUUUUCCCCUUUCUGAAAUAAACUGUGCUAAUGGACAUAAGAAGGUUUGCAAACGAGAGGAGGCCAUUCGGCCCAUCUUGCUCGUUUGCUCGUUAGCAGCUUAUUUAUCCCAGAUUCGCA